GAAGUGCAUGCUUGAAGAAGAAAAGGUUACCACGACGUCUUUUUUCGCCAUCGGUGUGUGUCCGCGCCGCGCGUGUGAUUAUCGAGAAAAUUCCGCGGAUUAACGCGCCCGAUUCGUGGCCAAUUCGUUGCUAAACCGUGCAGCAGAUUCCAGCACCCACGAUGGAAGAGGAUUGGGAGCAACACGGCGAAAAGGAAGAGGUUCCACUUCCGGCCAAGAAACCAGAUGCCAACAAAUGGGACGGCGAGGACGAGGAGGAGGAGGUCAAGGACAGCUGGGAGGAUGAAGACGAGCUAGAGGAAAAGAAAGACGAGGAAAAGGUGGAAACUCCCAAGGCGAAACCGAAGAAAACGUUGCAGCAAAAGAUUGUUGAAAAAGAGAAACAAAAACACGAGGAAGCCGAACGGAGGCGGCUCGAAAAGGAAGCGGAAAACAUGACCCCCGAACAGAAGCUGGCCGAGAAGCUGCGGCUACAGAAGCUGCAGGAAGAGUCCGACCUGAAGAACGCCCUGGACACGUUCGGCGUGACGACGCUGGCCGGCGGAAUCGACGGCAUGACGCCCAACACGAAGGAGGACUUUGUCGAGCUGUCGGACGCCAUCGUCAAGAAGCUGUCCAGCUACAAGAGCGAUCCCGAGUAUGCGGACUUUCUGGAGGAUCUGGUCACGAAACUGUUUGCCGGCUUGCCGUCCAACAACAUUCGGAAAGUGAAAGGAAUUUUAGACAACCUCUAUCUGGAGAAGCAAAAGUUGGAAAAGGGUGACAAGCCCAAGAAGAGUAAAGGUGGUAAAGUUAAGGCCCGGCUAAAGCUCGACGGUGAAAAUCAAAACUUUGAUGAAUACCAACCUAAGUAUGACGACUUUGACGAGUACGACGAUUUUAUGUAACAUUCGUUGUUUGCAAAUGGGUUGAACACCAAACCAGGUCCCGUUCCAAUGAUACAUGCAAGAACUUUGUAAAACCUACACACACACACACAAACAAAACACACAGGAAUUUACUGUUUUACGUAUAACCAAUCAAAAUGCAAAGUACCCCGUGUAGACUGUUGUUAUUAUUGGUAGGUCAUCAUCAUCCGUUCAAUUUGUGCACAUUUUUGCGUCUCCCAAAUGCUUAUUAAUAUUCCUUGAAUUGAUACGCAACGAUUUAUAGUUCUUAGUUAGCAGCCACAGUGUUUUUAUCCAAUUUUCUAGAAAUAUAUAAUUAAUCAGUGAAGUUUGAACAUAAUCCAAUCACCCGCGUCCUGCCUGAUCACCAGCUAAGUUUACCAACGGAAAAAAAGAGCAGCAAUGGAUCAUAAACGGUUUAGUUUUUUUUUUAUUUGUUUAGGUUGAGUUUGGUUAGCAAAAAACGAAAAGAAUGGUGCGAAAUGAAAGUUCGCAACUUAGUAGCGAAAAGAAAAAACAAUUCAAAAAAUAAAUAGAGAAGUCAACAAAUCAAGCGUUACAGAUUACACACAAAAAAAAACAACAUUAAACGACGGCGACGGAAUUUGAGUGCGCGUGUCGUCACCCUGGCGCUCGACAAAGAAAGAGAGAGACGACGACUCAUUAUGGCAUGACGAUAUGCUUGUAAAUAGGAGGUAACAAAUAAAAAGUACUGUUCGUCGCGCUGGAACUAGGCAA